AAUUCAAAAAUUUCGGUUUCAAACGUCAAACCACCAACGAACGGGCGAAUGUUUGUGAAAAUUGUUUUCUUGUUUGAAUUACAAAAACUAUCGUGAAAUAAUAAUUAUCGUGUAGACAAACUAUGAUAACUGUGUGAUUUGUGUUAAUCAUUUAACUUAUAUCGCUUCAAUUAUGGAUCCUUUCACUCAGCGCAUGUUAGAGAGGGCGCGGGCCAGACAGGAGAAGAUCGAUCAAAAACUCGUAAAUUCAGGACAGGCAGUUCCGAAAAGGAGGCCACUAACAGAAAACAUCGCCGUGGUAAAAUCCGAGGGUUCUCCCGCGAAGUCUCCUAGUAAAAUAUCUCGGGAAUGUGUGACGUCGCCUCGUAGACAGUCAAAAGAGUCGAUAAAGUCUGAAACUCCAUCGAGAACGUCAUCGACAGCUUCAUCAAAAAGGUCGAGUUUUAAGUCCGAUGUUUCGUCGCCUCAGAGGGGAAGGAACGAUGUUGUGGUCACCAAGAAAGAGUUUAAAAGUCCGAAGAGAGGGAGCAUCACCAGACGCAAUUCGGAUGUGUCUGUGGAGAUUAACAUUUCCCACAGGAAUGACAUACAGAUUGAAGUGCAGGUGGAGGAAAGAGACGCUCCUAUCUCUGUGGUGUAUGACUCGCAGGCGAAGCAGGGCAGCAAUGUUCUUAUAGAGGAGAUUACAGAUGACGUAUCCAGUAUAUUGGAGAAGGCUAUCGUAGCCCAGGAGACCAGGGCCAACCGGUCAGGUCUCCGACACAAUGUCAAGUCCAGACUGGACCGACUCGGCAAUCUCUACUCAGAUAAACCAACCCUCUCAUCACCGGUCCACCGCACAGAGCUGGAGUUCUCAUCAGCCACUCCGCCAUCAGAGACUGAGCCCAAGAAGCCCAAGCCCCGUGUCCAACAGGACGGGAAGAAGAAGUUCGGCAGACUAGCAGCGCUGGCUGACCAGAUCAACAACUGGGAAGAUGAUUUGACUCAUCAUACUCAACAACCAGACAACAACAAGAAAGCUAAGACACUUCCUAAAACCAACGAGCUAGACAAACUGGAUGCAUCUACGCUGGAAGUGUCGAUAAACUCCUUCAAGGAUAUUAACAAAGUGCUCGACACUACUGUCAAGGCUACACAGCCCAAGAGGCAGUUUAACUCACACACAUUUACGAAACCUUCAAAUUCUGUGAACGAGUGUCAGCGGCUUGGCAAGCAGAUUGUAGCUGAAUUGGAGGGCGAGGGCUACCGGCGGGUUUCGGCCAGCCAAUCGCGGCUCGUCUACGAAUUCACCACGAAAACCGCCGAUCCCGACCGACAGGAACCGAAGUGCGCGACAACCCCCAGUGCCGAUUCAGCCCCCAACAUGGCGACAAUGGUGGCCCCUUCGCCCGCCAACACGGCCGUCACAAAAAAACCAUCUAUCAAGAAAUACAAGGCACCCACGCCGCCGCGCAACGUUAUCACGGAAGACGAAUGUGAAAGUGAAAAAGACAAAGAGAAUGCAGUGCAACUCGACAACGAAAAUGACGCAAGUGAUGAUUGUAAACAAACAAAACCGGAACCGGUGGACGACAAGCCGGCGCCCGAGAAGGGAUCGCCGCUAGUGAAAAAGUUGGGUCCCAAAAUAAACGGCAGUGUUGACAGGAGUUCUGUGUUGUCUAAGGCGGCGAUGUUCGAGGCGGGCAGUCCCAAGGCGAAGGACCCCGCCGAAAUGACUUUGAGGGAACGCAAAGCGCUCUUUGAGAAAAACAAGGGCGCAGCAAUCGUACCGAAGGCCCCCUUCGGGCUCGCACCCUCCGCCAAGUCCCUGCUCGGGGACAACAAAGCUGACAAAAGGCCGUUGACCCAGAAAACGACGCCAACUAAAAACAGUUCUCUAGCCAGCUCUAGAACGAACUCUAAGGACGAUAUACCUGAUGACAAUAUAAGCCAGACCUCGUUAGGAGGAGGUAUUAAAGGGAAGCUUGCGGCUUUGUUCAGCAAAGAACAGACGAUCAGCGAAUCCACGAUUGCAAAUAAGUUUAAGCAGGAACGGGAAAAAGAAAUGGAGAUGCUACAGAAUAGAUUCCAUUAUAAGCCUAAGCCACAAAAAGCAGAGAGUCCAAAUGACUCAGACGAUGACGUCAGUGAACACGACCCCUCAGAGAAGGCGCCUCUUAUGGGCAGUACAACCAGCCUUAACCAAAACAAUAAGAAACCAGAAAUCAUCUCUAACAUACCCAAGGUGACGUUUGACGAGAAGAGUAAAAUAGAACAAGAAUUGAAUGACAAGGAGAAGGAGAUUGAGAAAGAAAACGAUAGAGUAAUUGGAUCACAGCCUGUUAAAAGACGAAGUUCCCAAGACUCGCCCGUAGUCCUAUCAGUAUUAGACGAUGUAAAAAGAAUAAAAGUAAACAACAGCAAAAAGGAGCCACAGACUAACGGAGCGGUCUUACAACAGCCAGCUAGUCUAUACCCACACCUGUCAGACAUUGAAACAGACACAUCUCACACACAAGAGGAAUUCUCAGACUGUGGCGGAUCAAGUUCUGAAGACUACAUCCCACCUUGUGUGCUGGAGAGGAUGAAUAAAUCUGACAACUGGGCUGAAACUUCUUUUGGUCGUGAAGUAAUGAAUGUGGUAAAGAAAAACAACACGAGUUACAAGAAGGCGGUCCGAGAAAGCGAUUCUGACAGCAGUGGGUUAGACAGCGAGUUGGACGAUAUUUUAGACGAGGCUAUCAACGAGCAGAGCGAGGGACCCACGCCUCCGAAGAUAAACAAGCAUUCGGUGGAGUCUUCAUCAAGUUUCGUGUACCAGGAGCGCUCGACAUUCAAAUCGCCGCUGAAGCUUCAGUCAGCGACUCCCUCGCGAGCCGACCACGGCAACGAGUUGGUGCAUAGCGUCAGCUUCUAUAGGCGCAUGCAGAACGCGUCAUCAGCCCCAUCGACCCCGAUGCGUAUCAUCCGGCACACGUCCCCGGAGCGCGAGCCGCCGGCCACGCCGGACGAGCCGGCCGCCAGCGUCACCACCGUGCGCGAGCGCAUCAAGGAGCUGCAGGCCGAGAUCACUAAGCAGCAGACUGUUAUAUCGCAGGUAUGUGUUCAGCAGUCAGCUGCCCCAUCGACCCCGAUGCGUAUCAUCCGGCACACGUCCCCGGAGCGCGAGCCGCCGGCCACGCCGGACGAGCCGGCCGCCAGCGUCACCACCGUGCGCGAGCGCAUCAAGGAGCUGCAGGCCGAGAUCACUAAGCAGCAGACUGUUAUAUCGCAGGUAUGUGUUCAGCAGUCAGCUGCCCCAUCGACCCCGAUGCGUAUCAUCCGGCACACGUCCCCGGAGCGCGAGCCGCCGGCCACGCCGGACGAGCCGGCCGCCAGCGUCACCACCGUGCGCGAGCGCAUCAAGGAGCUGCAGGCCGAGAUCACUAAGCAGCAGACUGUUAUAUCGCAGGCGAGUCAAGCGUUGAAUCUGUGCGCAGCGACCAUCGAAUUCAGUGGAUCUACCGAACAAGCGGAAGGCGAAAGACUACUGUUGUUAGCUUCUCAUCGUCGUCAAGCAUGUCUUCACGAACUACAGCGGCUACAGGUGGAGGGUGCAGGACCCGCUGCCACGGCUGGCAUGGCCACGCUGCACCUCACGCAGCUCAGCGUGCCGCUCAAGCGCGACUACGUGCGCCAGCUCAACGCCGACGGCGCAGUAGGUCAUCACGCGGUGUGCCUGGUGAAGUGCCGAGACCGAGUGUUAGCGACCAGCAUGCAACAGACUCAACCGUCCACAACACUGCUGCACUUCCCCGACGAUAUUCGUAUGCUGGGGCUCGCUAGUGAUUUUAAGGUUACGGUAGAGGUGUAUUUGCUGCAAGCUUCUAAAGAAGUAUUAUCACAUGAGAUGAAGUAUCACAUUUCUAGCAAAAAGUCAAGUUCAAAGCUGCUGACCCCGAAGUCUAAGAUAUCGGAGCUGAAGGCGCCGCGCGUGCAGAGCCCGGCGGGGCCGCUGGCGGUGCGCUCGCCGCAGUUCGCGCUGCACGGAUACUGCAUCUUCGCGCUGCAGCAGGCCAGCAGGAGAAGUUUCACACUCAACAAGGUCCCAUGCGGAAGUCCUCUGGAAGGCUCCGUGAACUUAGAAAUCAAGGCCCGCGUACAAGUGCCCCCGCCGUCUCCUCACGCCGCCUUCCUCACCGCGUUCGACGACGUGUCGGGGCUCGGCGCCUGGCACCGGCGCUGGUUCCGCCUGCAGCCGCCCAGGCUGGCCUACUGGAAGUACCCGGAUGAUGUGCACAGGAAGAUGCCGAUCGGCGACAUCGAUCUCUCAACAGUCGUAUCAGAACGAGUCAUCAAGGCGCCUCGCGAUCUCUGCGCCCGCCCCAACACGAUCCUUCUCGAAUCUUCCAUCCCCGCCGGCCUCAUCGUACCGGAGUCCGGUUCCCUAGUCUACGUCCAUCGACCGGACGGCUCCGUCGUUCGGCGACAUCUACUCGCCGCCGACACGCCGAAAGACCGAGAUAUCUGGCUCGAUUGUCUCAAUAAGGCCUUAGAGUAUGUCAGAUGCUGUGGUGGCGAUGAAGAUUAGAAUGCUAGAGUAUGUAUUGUACAUGUGAUAUCUUUAUGUAAAAGACAUUACUGUGAUUUUUGACGUUUGAAAUGUAUUUGCUUGUACGUAAAUGUGUGUUUGAAUUGGAUGGGUAAAAGAUGACAUUUUUAUUGACCAAAACGUGUAGGGUUGAUGCUUUUUCUCGCUACCGAUGCCCUGAUUAUGAAAUACAACUUCUUUUGUAUGUAAUUGACCUUUGGACAUAAUCGGUAUGGUUGAGGUUAAAAUUGAUGUAAAACAAUACAUUAAUGAAUAUGUAAACUUCUUGUCCGAAGAUAAGUAAGUCAAUUUGGACAUUACUUUUUCCGUAAUUAGUGUUUCAUAAACCUUAGUCCAUACCAUCCAAUCAAAUGCUUACAUUUAUAUCCGCCUUGAAAAUCGAGUAUUACAGCGGCAGGGCCAUGUGAUAACUGUCUAUGAAAUGUAUGGGACCAAUUUUUAUAUUAUGUAUGAAAUAUUUUAUCAUCUUGUGUUGAUUCUGAAGUAUAUUAUAAUACUAUCUUCUACGAAUAAUGCUCAUAAAUAUGAUUAUUGUUGUAUUACAACAAUUAGUUAUUUGACCAUCACAAAUAUCUAUAAGAUAUUGAAAUUAAACGACUUUGGCUUACUAAGCCUUUAAUUAUUAUAAUUGAACUGAAAUGAACGAAUGAUUGAAUGACGAUUUUUGGGAAAUUUUACUGCUCUCCAUCGAAGAAAAGAUGAUAAAUAUACAAUUUUUCUGUAGCAUUUUCAUGCUUUUAGAAGUAGUGAAUGGCAGGAUAUUAGCCACUGCCAAAUUGCGAACAUUUUUAUACUUUUUAUAAUUGGAGUGCUUUUUUAUAAAAUGAUUGUUUGUCGUGUAGUUUGUAUGUUGUUGUAGUUUGACUGAAUUUAGCUUUAAUUUUGUACUAACAAUGUAAUCCAUAGGUUAUUUCAUCGAUCGUGACAAUAUUUCGACUAGUGUUGUUAAAAAAAUUGCAUUACAUGCAUUAACACGUUUCAUUUAAAAGCCUAAAAUAAUCUUACCAUGGCCAAUUCUAAGUCUGAAUUAAUAAUUCAAAACUUUUUUAAAUUCGUACAAAACUAACGUUUAAAAACCAUCUAUUAACAUUAGUCAUAAAUUGAUCAAUUUUCUAUUAAACAUACAUAGUUUCAUCAUUCCAUAAAUUUUAAUUCUAAUUUCAUUUUAUUUCGCAUCAAUUAAAUGCGAAAUAAAGUAUUUUAAGCCAUAUUAAUCCACCUGAUUUUAUAUUUAGAUUUUAAUGUAGUUUAUAUUUUCUUGACUUAUUCUACUUCCAAAUAAAUAAAAAAACUGAAUUCAAAACUAGCUGGCUAUACUUCGAACCUUAAGUAUUCUUAUACUAUACGUACUCGAUAAAUAUCUGUACAAAUUUUAACACCUACUACCUAUGGAAAAAAUCAGCACCACAUCACCAGAUCACCAUCUUAAUUUUUGAAAGGUUUUUUCAAAUUUCUAGUUAUUUUUAACGUUUUAUUCACGUACAGAUACUGAAAAUAACAGCUCUAUAAGUUUUAAGAAGUCUUUUUGACGUAAAUGUCAUUUGUUUUGGACAAAUUGUGUUAUAAUUUGAUAUAGAUAUUCAGAAACAAACAGUUUCUCUAAAUAUAGGUAACAUAGUUAUAGUAUGCACCAAGUAUCGGAAUUGAUUGAAUUGUAUUUGCAAUAAUUGUGUGUGUAGUUUUUAAUUAUAUUUUAUGUGUAAAUAAAAUCAAUUUAUUACGAUAAUAUAAAUAUUUUAAGUAUU